GGACUUGCUGUCGUAAAUCCAUCUGCGGACCAUCUUGGGCGGCGACCAUCUGCUGAUUUUCACGAAGUUCCAAGGAGACACGCAUCGCUCUCUCCCAACACUCUUCCACGAGAUAAGCGGCGGAGGCGGCAGCUUCAGCACACACACGUAGGCUGGCGGUGAGAGCAAGGAGGAGCAGGCGGCGUGAGAACUGCUGCACGUACACAUUGAACUCAAAAGGCGAGCCUGGACCGGCGAAAAGCCGAAACCAUACAAGAGGUCAUGACAGACUACUGCGACGAUUCAUACAUUUCGGACGGCUACUGCGAUGGCGCUGCUGUGAGUGCGACUGCGUCGAUGCCGACUAUACCUGCGGCUAUAACGGAUACGACUGCCUCGAUCCUUCCGCGUGUGGUAUCAGCAGCGAUGAAGAAGAUGAUGGUGCGCCGGUGGGCGCCAUCGUUGGCGGUGUGAUAGGCGCGCUGCUCUUGAUCGUCGUCGUGAUCGUCUUGGUGGUCUUGUUCAAGAAAGGUCACCUAAAGCCUUGCGCAUGCGGCGAAGCUUGCGCAUGCUGCGAGCCCGGUGCUCCUGCUGCAACUCCUGCUCCUGCUCCCGCCCCUGCUGGUGUUAUGUCGGCGCCGUCAGUUGGAAAGGCGUAUCCCGAGGUGCACUCUUCCGCUGCCGUUGCGCCUCCCCCCCCUCCUGCGUACGAGGGUCCUGGCAACGCUCAGCCCCCCGCUCAAGCGUACCCGGUGCCUGCAGCAACUGCCGCUCCUCCCGCGUACGAGGGUCCAGUGGUCAACCAGUUUCCCGCGCCGGCGUAAGUGCAGGGGGUUGUACGGUCGAGGUGUGGCGAGCGUUUACCUUCGUGUCUGUUGUAUUCUGUUGGUUGUUUAAGGUUGACCAGAGUAUUUUUCCCAGCAAGCAGCCUCUUGUUAGCCGAGUAGGUGAUGUGUUGCAUCCAUGUCGGCCUAGAAGAGAUUCGCCGAACUGCGCGGAUUACCCAAGAGUUUCUUUUUGCUGUGUUUUCGACCUAGGAACGUGUACGGACGGUUUGAUAUCUACAUUUUCUAUUUUGUCAGGACAACAAGUUGGAAGGCACCAACGACCAACGAUGGAUAUCGACUAGAUUUUUCGAUGGCUCGAUCGAAUGGAAUUCGUUGUUUUUCUCACGGGAGGUCACGUCAGCACGUUCACGUUGGUACUUUGUUCCGAAGGUUGCAGGAUACCCCGCAGAGCUAUCCAUCCCGUGUGUUGCUGUCCUCUGGACGUGGACUUUGGGUAUAUCGUCUG